AUCUUAGUUUAAAUCACUUCUCAAGAGGUCGUCGAGUCAUCACGCGAGCGAUAUGGAUUGUGACCCCCGCAGCGAGCCGGUUCAUUGCGUAAAACGCGCGACGAGCGGUAAAGUCUCUUGUCACCAUUCGUCGUCCUGAUCGUCCAGUAGUCGCGCGAGCGGUAAAGUCUCUUGUCAGUAUUCGUCAUCCUGAUCGUCCAGUAGUCGCGCGAGCGUACUCACGGUGCUCUGCGUGCGCUUCGACCACCUGUGGAAUUUGGCGUUUCUCAAAGAUUCAUGCGUUGUAACGAAGCCUGAAAGCCGGUAACCUAUAAUUAGCGUUAAUUGUGUGAGUUUGUACAGUUGAUAAAUCAGAGAAGAGCUACAGGAAAGAAAUAGUUUUAUCCCAUCAAUCAACAAGCUUAGAUACAUGAUGCAGUACACAGUUCUUGUAAUCGGUGGCGGUGGAAGAGAACAUGCCAUUUGCUGGAAACUGUCUCAAUCGCCACAUGUGAGAGAGAUCUUUGUAGCGCCUGGUAACGCUGGCAUCAAGCAAGUAGACAAGGUGCAACUAAUCGAUUUAAAUGUUAAAAAUACCAAGGAGAUUGCUGCGUGGAGCAAAGACAACAAUAUUGAUGUAGUAGUGGUUGGUCCCGAAGAUCCUCUGGCUCAGGGAUUGGCGGAUGAUUUAAGGACCAAGAGAGUGAAAUGUUUUGGCCCGCAGAGACAAGCGGCCCAAAUUGAAGCUGACAAAGAUUGGGCGAAGCGCUUUAUGGACAGGCAUGGCAUUCCUACUGCCAGAUGGCAAGGCUUCACGUCUGCUGCGGCUGCAAAGAAUUUCAUCAAGACUGCUCCAUUUAAGGCGCUUGUAGUGAAAGCAGCUGGUUUGGCAGCUGGCAAGGGUGUCAUCGUAGCGAAAGAUCAACAGGAAGCCUGUCGUGCGGUAGAUGAAAUUUUAACUGACAAGAAAUUUGGUGUUGCUGGUGAGACUGUGGUUGUCGAAGAACUGUUAGAAGGCGAGGAAGUAUCUGUACUUGCGUUUACAGAUGGUAAGACGAUUGUGCCAAUGAUGCCUGCGCAAGAUCAUAAGAGAAUUUUUAACGAGGACGCUGGUCCAAAUACUGGCGGAAUGGGAGCAUACUGUCCAUGUCCAUUGUUGAGUGACGAAGAAUAUCAACAGGUGAAAGUGAAUGUUCUCCAAAACGCUGUCGACGGACUCAGAAAGGAGAAUAUUCCGUUUGUCGGUGUAUUAUAUGCUGGUUUAAUGCUGACCGAGGAUGGUCCAAAAGUCUUGGAGUUCAAUUGCAGAUUUGGAGAUCCCGAGACGGAGGUAGUGCUCCCACUAUUGACAUCGGACCUAUUUUUAAUCAUGAAGGCUUGUUGCGAAGGAACUCUGAACGCGUCUCACGUGUCCUGGCGAGAAAAUGUGUCCGCCGUAGGCGUGAUGUUAGCAUCCCGUGGUUAUCCGGCGUCCUCAUCCAAGGGCCAAGUUAUAACCGGUGUCGACCAAGUGUCACAUAAACGGGAUAACUUUGUUUUUCACAGCGGUACGGCCGUUUCGUCGGAAGGCGAAUUGGUAACUAACGGUGGGAGAGUUCUCAUCACUGUCAACAUAGCACCAACUUUGGCACUGGCAGCUGCGAGAGCUACUCAAGCUGCUCAGCACGUAUCGUUUGACGGAAAGCAAUUCAGGACAGACAUCGCGCAUAAGGGGAUUGCCAGAUCUAUUUUGCAGAGGGGACAGCUAACUUACAAAAGCAGCGGUGUUAAUAUAGAUGCUGGCGAUCAUCUUGUGUCGGCUAUCAAACCGGUUACUUGCUCCACGAAACGCGCUGGCACUUUGGGAACCAUAGGUGGAUUUGGUGGCCUUUUUGAUGUAAAAGCAGCAGGCUAUAAUGAUCCUAUCUUGGUAUCGGGUACCGACGGUGUUGGUACGAAACUGAAGAUAGCGAUCGAAUGCAACAAACAUGACACAGUGGGGAUAGACUUGGUAGCCAUGUGCGUGAACGAUGUCCUCGCGCACAAUGCAGAGCCGUUAUUUUUCCUGGAUUACUUUGCCUGUGGCAAACUCGACGUUGGGACAGCUACGACAAUUGUAAAUGGCAUUUCCGAAGGUUGCAGGCAAGCAGGAUGUUCCUUGAUUGGAGGAGAAACGGCCGAGAUGCCGGACAUGUAUCCCGAAGGGGAAUACGACUUGGCGGGUUUUGCGGUGGGCGCAGUUGAGAGGGGCCACUUAUUGCCACGCGUAAAUGAUAUUAAGGAAGGAGACGUGGUGAUCGGCCUUCCAUCCAGCGGCGUGCACAGUAACGGCUUUAGUUUGGUGCGAAAAGUUUUGAAGCUCGCUAAUAAGAGAUACUCCGACGUCGCACCUUUCUCAAAGACAAAUAGAACUAUUGGUGAAGAGCUGUUGGAACCAACGAAGAUUUACGUGAGAAGCGUCGUUCCUGCCUUACGGACCAACUUGGCGAAAGGAUUCGCGCAUAUCACUGGCGGAGGUCUGACGGAGAAUAUACCGAGAAUUUUACCGGAGAACUUGGGUGUAACGUUGGAUGCGACUACGUGGAAUAUUUUACCAAUUUUUGCUUGGCUAGCGGCGGUUGGUGGCAUCAGUAAACACGAAAUGUUGAGAACAUUUAAUUGUGGCAUCGGUGCAAUUUUAAUAUGUUCUAAGGAAGACGAGGCGAAAGUUCUAAAUAAACUAAAAGAUGAAAAUCCUAUAGUUAUCGGAAACGUGAAUGCACAUUCCAGUGGUCAAUUCAAGGUACAAGUGAAAAACUUUGAGAAGGUUCUCGAACAGGAAAUGAAACGAUAUGUUCCCGGUGUAGUUGCAACGUUGAGCAAACCCUUGAAGAAAGUAGGCGUUCUAAUAUCUGGUAGCGGGACGAAUCUUCAGUCCUUGAUCAACGCUACGCAGGAUCCAUCUCAGCACAUCGGGGCGGAAAUCGUUUUAGUAAUUUCCAAUAAACCUGGUGUCGAAGGAUUGAAGCGCGCUGAGAGGGCCGACAUUAAAACAGUGGUGAUCAAACACACCGAUUAUCCGAGUCGCGAAUCUUUCGACGCAGCCAUGAAUGUGGAGCUUCAUGCUGCUGGCGUGGAGAUAGUAUGUCUGGCCGGCUUUAUGCGAAUUCUUUCAGAGCAAUUCGUGAAGCAUUGGAAAGGUGCUCUAUUAAAUAUACAUCCUUCCCUGCUACCGUCUUUCAAAGGCGCGAACGCGCAUAAGGAUGUUCUAGCAGCGCGUGUACGCGUAUCGGGUUGCACUGUGCACUUUGUCGAGGUUGAUAUAGAUUCCGGAGCUAUCGUCGAGCAAGAAGCUGUACCGGUAUUGCCAGACGAUACUGAAAAGAUUCUGCAGGAACGCGUAAAGACAGCAGAGCACAUAGCCUAUCCUCGUGCCUUAAAACACUUAACGAGUGGUCGCGUAACAUUAAAGGAGGAUGGCACUCUCCAUUGGAAUUAUUAAAUUACGCGUGUAUGUACCGAUUUACAAAAUGUCGAAAUUAUAUAUUUUUUUAUUACUACUAAUGUUUUCCAUAAAUAUAUAUUGUUUCUU